AUGACGACGGAAAGUAUAACACGACUACGUGUCGUUUUCAUCGUUUGGUGCAAUCUGCUAUUCUCGCUCUACGUCUACCUAUGCGUCCCAUUGCUACCGAUAUCAAUGGCCUUUUGCCUCGUGAACGCGCUGCUGGUGUGCUUCGCCUGUGUGGGUCUACGCGCUCGACUGCCGUUCUUCCUGCUGCCGAACAUCCUAUCGAAAUCGGUGGUCAUCGUGCUGUUGCUGUUGAUCGCGUGCCUGUCGCUCGACUCCAUCCACGUGCGGUUCAAGAAUGAGAUUGUGCGCAUCGAGAACCAGACGCGCCGGACGGAGGAGACGUGGAUCGCUGAAGAAGUCUCAUCAUCGCCACUAUUGAAAAGCGUCGUCUCCUCCCAGAGCGACCCAUUUUUCGUGGUAUGGCUGAUGUGCUUUGUGUUGCUCAUCUGCGCCGAAGUCCGAAUGUGCUUUUCCGCCUUCUACAAAGAGCUAUUCGGAGGCGCGCGCAUUGAGGAUAUCGAAGAGACUGCGGCCGCGCCAACGCUUACAGUCAAACAAGGCCCGCCGCCAUCAUAUACGAAUUGCGUAAAGAAAGGCUCGAUCAGCGUAUGCUCUGUAGACGAGCUGCCCAGCUACGAGGAAGCCAACGAAAUUGUGAAGCGAAGAAUGAGUAUGCUUUCCAACGAAGCCCCCUGCUCUUCCCGGUCUUGCAGCAUUGUAGGAGCCGAUCUCACCAAAUUGCCGCCACCGCCCAACACUUCUCACUUG